AUGAACGAAUCAUUGCCUUCUAGUAUCAUUAAGCCCAAGACAAAAAGCAUUGUUUGGCGGCUAUUGCUGCCAAACGUACGAUGCAUGCAAGUGCCGCUCACAGAGGUUGCUUCAGUGUUAGACUUGUACACUUUUGACAUUAUGUCAUUAGGAGGUGGAAAGUUAGGUGAUGGUUAUAAAAUUUUACCAGAGAACUACACGUAUAAGAGUCGGAUAAGAGAAGGGGAUGUCAAAGCUAUUACGCUUAAUGGUUGUCACAAGGAUAAGUGCAACUGGAAAGGCCACAUCGUGGUUCUCCUAAACAAGCUGCUCAAUUUUUGUAAUAUUGAAUGCUCUGGUGAUCAUGAUCCUGAUCACAUCUGGCAAAAAUCACAUCGAAUGGCAACAUCAGUUAGAAAAACAAUCUCAAGCAGAGCCACAAAUACAACUCCCUCCGUAAUGGCAACAGAAUUUAUGAACAAUGCGAAGAUUCUUAAUAUAAACCCUAGCACUCCUGCCAACCAUGUUCAACCAAUUUUUACUCAAUUUGCACCCAAUCUCGAGGCCAUUCAAAACGCCCUCAAGUAUGACAAAAAAUUGCAUUAUCCAAGUGCACUAGAGUUUGAAAAGGUUUGUUCUAUAAUGGAUACUUAUGAGAAAGAACACGUUGUUAUAUCAAAACAAUAUGGCAUUAAAGAUGCUGACAAUUCAAAAGAUCAAGCUGUGCUUCUUGGUAUCGCAUCAACUAUAAUGCCAGAACUGUUGUCCAAAUAUCCAGAUUUUUUGGCUGUGAACUCUACUAGUCGUCGCAAUGAUCUAAACUUUCCAAAUACUGCUUUUAUGAUUAGAUCAGAUGAACCUCGUGGUCGAAUUGUAGCAACAUUCAUAAGUGAUAAAGAAACCAUACCAGUUGUCAGUCUGAUGUUUGAACAAGCUGCCACUGGAGUUAUCUCAUUAGCUACAGCAGAGACUAUUAUAUCUUAUUUUCGGGUAUACUGGUUUGGUGAUUGGAUUGAUUAUAAACGGGAUAGUUGUCCUAUGAAAACAAACAUGUUACUAGAAAGUUAUUUCAAAAAGGACAUGAUAUUACACUAUCGAGAAAGGAACACCAAAUCUCUACAUUCUAAUCUUGAAAAGAUUGGUACAUCGAUGUGUGUAGAUGCUGGGGAGAUGGAAAGAUUUUGGAAAGGAGAAGGCAAGCCUCCGACAAAGUCAGAUCUACAACGAAAGAAAGAAAAAAUAAAUGAACAGGGAGAAUUGUUGUAUAAAAAAAAUCUUGUGCAAGAAAUUGAUCAGAACACUUGGCAUGUUACCCAGUUCACUACCACUGACUUGGAAGAUGAUGUUGUAAAUAAAGAAAAUAAACCAGAGUCCAACGAAAACAAUGAAAAACAGUUGUGUGUUAUGCGUAAAAAUGGAAAAUUUGCGUGUUCAUGCAGUUUCAAUGUAAUCAGUGGUCAUGAAUGUCAAGAUGUUGUAGCCGUUCAUUUAUUUAUUGGAAAAUCCAAAUUACGAAAUAAGAAUGAUAAACCUGUGGCUAAACUAGCUGCCUGCAGCUCUCUCGAGUCUUAUCUUCACCAAAAGGAUGCCAAUGAUUGUGCUCAAAAUGAGCUCAAGCUGCUUCAAAAAAAGGGACCGAAAAAUAAGCGAAAAAACAGGUUAAUAUCCGGGGAAUUUAUUCAACUCCAAGACACAGUUUUGAGCAAGCCUUACCAUAAGGUUCAGAUCGCUGAGAUUAUUGGAGAUAGUAAGAUUAUUGCGAAUAUUACCUUAGAAAGUGGUGAUAUGAAACAACGCACAAUUCAGUUAGCUGACAUAGCCAGAUACAUUGAUGGACCGUUAAAAAAAAAUAAAG